AUGGCUGGAGCUCUGACUUUCCUUCUCAUUGGUUGUCUGCUGAAAGGUUCCCUGUGUGAACAGUUUAAGGUCAUUAUGCCGCAGACUGUUGAGGCUCUGAGUGGAUCCUGUGUGACCAUCCCCUGCUCCUUUGACAUAGACACCAAAUUUGACAAUGACUUAGAUGACACAUGUAAAGCAAUAUGGAAACGUAAAAGUGAUAACAAAAUUGUGUUUGAUAGUGCUGAAAAGCCUGGAAUAAAUGGAGAACUGAGGGGAAACCUGAAAGAAAAAGAUUGCACCACAACCCUCAGUAACACUGUUCUUGAUACCAGCAACACAUAUUAUUUCAGACUGGAGUGUGACAAUGAACUCAAAUAUAAUUAUGACAAGGACUUCCCAGCAGUGAAUAUAUUGUUCAAAGCUGAUCCUCCCUCACUGACUCUGACUCCGUCCACACUGGAGGUGAAGGAGGGAACCUCAGUGAGUUUGAACUGCUCUGCUCCAGCUCCCUGUCUGUCUCAUCCUCCAACUCUGACAUGGACCCCCAACCUGGGUAACAGUCAGGAGACACUGCAGGAGAAUCAGAACAAAACUAAAGUCAAGAUCUCUGUUCUGACCUUCACUGUUUCUCACCUCCAUCAUGGAAAGACCAUUUCCUUUCCUCCACAGAUCCUGCUCUCAUCUGACUGCACUAAAACUGCAAGCCAGGUCAACUGUUCCUGUGAGACAGUGGGAAACCCUUCUCCCAUUUUACACUGGUAUUUGGAUGGGCUACCUGUCAGUCACUCUGAAACAUUUGCAGUCAGAAAUGAGUCUCUAAAUGGCACAGGUCUGAGGAGCAUCAUCACUGUGAAUCAGCCACAGUGGAGAGAUCUUUCCACCUUGGUCUGCCACAGCUCCAACUCUCUGGGAACUGCCAGUCAACGCUUUCAUUUCAAAAGCCUUGAGCAACAAAUCUCUGCAGGAAGUGAAGGUCAUGUGACAUCGUCAGUCUUCAUCACCACAGUUGUUGCUCUACUAGUACUAGUAUGUGCUCUGCUGUGUGUAAUCAGGGCUCAGAGUCGGUGCACAGGUGACACCAGCGUUGCUAUGAGACAAUUUCUCGCAAGAAGCGAGGGAAAUGAGGCACCCAACAUAACAGAAGAGGACAUUUAUGUCAACACCGAUAGGCUGAGACAAGCAGAUGUCCCCCACCCUGCAACUAUGCCUGAGCCAAACAGCACCAAUUUACCAAGCAAUGCAGAAGAAGCCAGAAAAAUUUCAGGGAAGAAGAUUGAGGAAGGGACAGGUGUGGUUUACUCCAGUGUGAAUUGGAAGAAGAAAAGCAAGAAGAAGCAGCAAGAAGAAUCUGUGGACAUGGAUCCACCCGGUGGCUCCUGUCUGGUGGAGGAGAGGUGCAUGGUGGGAAGCAUGAGCAGAAACUUUGUGAGCGACGCACUGACGAUGGGAAACAUAUUUGAUGAAGUGGAGCCAAGAAAUAUGAAGAGGGAUAUGGAAUGUGAAUAUGCUCAGGUUAAAUUUAAAGGCAAGGGCGCUUUACACAAAUAGAUCACUGUUUUGUUGGUGGUUGAGGCUUUUAAUCAAACUACAACGUGUAAGUUUACAUAAUAAUUAGACACAUUUGUUUUUCGGGUCAUGAGUUUUUUUAAGA